AGAGAGGUGUCUGUGGAUGGCUGCAUUGAGCGAUGAAGAAAUCACCAAAUAUGGAAAGAUGAUCCAAGAAUGACUGCAAUGAUAGUCAUUGCAGCUACAUUCAUCCCUCUCGUUUUCGACCUGCAGAGACAUACAUCACCUGGACUCUCGCCACCUUACCAAAUCUCCGGUACCUUUCACAACAUCAUCUUUUUCGAAACCUUUUGGCUCCAUUUUCGGAUGGGCAUCACCACCUGUACAAACUCCAUACUCGGUUCCAAUUCUUUUGUCCAAUAUUCUGCUUAUAAUGAGCUUACUACUACUGUCUCUACUUCUACUCUUGUUUUGAUUGCUAGAACGCUUGCCUUCACGGCCGACCUGACUGCCUUGUCCCUUUUUCCUUACCUCUCAUGGCGGUUAAUGAUAGUUACGAGUCUCUUUGUCCCCACGGGACGCCUUUGCAUGUUCGAGAUUAGUUAGAGAUAAAUGAGGUGGAGGAGAGUAGAGUAAAAUAUGGUGGGGGGGAAGAUGGGCGCUUGAAAUUCACUCUUUAAUCGCUCGUCGCUGUCCGUUCUCCCUCGCGGGUUCGCAGCAAAUAAGAGC